GGUGAAGUUAUUUUAAUAAAAAUUACAAAUGCUAUACCGACUUCGCUAGCGUCUGUCUUUGUCUGCGCCCUUUGCCCAUCAGUGGGGGCCAGCACUGCACGCCGCCUGCAAAAUUCGCUCAGUGACUCGCACGCCUUAAAACGGCAUAUAAAAUUUCACAACCUUGAACUUCGUCCACGCCUCGCUUCAAGCGCAACUCACCAAAACUCAACCCACGACCACAUAGAAAUCAUGGCUCUCACCACAAUUAACCUUCCCUCCAUGGAGAAGAUUGCCUCCGGCAAGGUUCGCGAUCUCUUCGUCGUCCCCAACUCCGACAACCUGCUCUUCGUCGCCUCAGACAGAGUCUCGGCCUUUGACGUCGUCAUGGAGAAUGGCAUUCCCAACAAGGGUGCCAUCCUCACUCUCGCCUCUGCUCACUGGUUCAAGGUCUUGACUGAGCGUAUCCCUGACCUCAAGACACACUUCAUUGGCACUGACCUUCCGGCCUCUGUCCCCGCUGCCGAGGCUGCCCAGGUCAAGAACAGAAGCAUGCUUGUCCGCAAGCUCGAGGUUCUUCCCAUUGAGGCCAUUGUCCGCGGCUACUUGACCGGCAGCGCCUACAAAGAGUACCAGGCCAAGGGUACUGUCCACGGCAUUCAGAUGCCUGCUGGCAUGCAGCUCUCUGAAAAGUUCCCCCAGGCCAUUUACACGCCUAGCACCAAGGCCCCUGCUGGCGAACACGAUGAGAACAUCCAUCCCGACGAUGCGUGGAAGGAGAUUGGCGACAAGGACCUCGCUGAUAAGGUCCACCAGCUUGCUCUUAAGAUUUACACCAACGCUGCUGAGUACGCCGCUGAGCGUGGCAUCAUCAUUGCCGACACCAAGUUUGAGUUUGCCAAGGAUGCCGAGGGCAACCUUUACCUUGUUGAUGAAGUUCUGACCCCGGAUUCUUCUCGCUUUUGGCGCCAAGACACAUACGAGGUCGGCAAGGAACAGGACAGCUUUGACAAGCAGUUCAUUCGUAACUGGUUGAUCAAGGAGGGCCUCAAGGGCAAGGAGGGCGUCACCCUGCCCGAGGAUAUCUGCAGGGCCACAUCGGACAAGUAUAAGGAGGCUUUCUUGAAGCUCACUGGAUCUAACUUUGAUGAGGUUGCUAGCCAAUGAUGGUUACAUGGAUGCCAAUAAAAAUACAUAAACGGGAUAAUGAAGCAUAAUAAAAUAAACGUUCUACUUUUUG